AUGGAAAGCACUCAGAAUAACAUUUAUGAAAUUGAAGAGUCGGCUCUUAUCGACCAAAAUCUCAAAAAUGGUAUUGAUGAUGAAAUCAUAGAGGAAAAUAAGAAUGAUUAUGAUGUGUAUGCUGACUAGUUUGAUGAAAAUGCGAAAUUAAGAGAUGGGGCAUAAAUUGACACAUAAUAAAAUAAUCAGUUACCGAAGAAUGGUAUUUCUGUUGAAAUAUCUAUGGGCGCCGCUGGUAGCACUGCUGCUGGAACAAACAAAGCUCCUAAUGCUGGGCAAAACCAAGGAAAUGAUUCAUAUAUUGCAAUUAAAACAAAUCCUCCUUUUCACAUUAAGGAUGCAGUUGAUUUUGAGCCACUUUAUCCUCCAUAAGAAUUCAUUUUGGAAGAAAGUCUUAGAAGAGAGGCUGAGAGAGUUGCUCAUCAGGAAAAUUUGAUGAAUAGAGUUGUAUAUGAUUGCAUUGACCCAUCUCCAUAUAAUGCAAGCAAUCCUCUAGCCGACUAGCAGACUCCAGAUGGAGAAUUCCCUCAAUUUUAUACUCCAUCUUCACAGGAUGAUUACACUCUUGUAUUUGAAAGCAGAUUUGAGAGUGGUAACCUAAGAAGAGCUAUUUAGGUUUAUGAGUUUGAGUACGAUCUUAUACUUAAGCCCGACUAUAAUACUAGAGGUUAUACUUAAUGGUAUUAUUUCAGAAUAAACAAUACAAGGGCAGGAAAAACAUACAGAUUUAACAUUAUCAACUUGAUGAAGCCAGACUCUUUGUAUAAUCAUGGAAUGAGGCCAGUUGUUUACUCUGAGUAUGAGGCUAAAAGAAAUGGCAGAGGUUGGUAUAGAGGAGGUGGAGAUAUAUGCUAUUAUCAAAAUUCAAUGAAAAGAAAGAAUGCUGGAUAUUACUAUACACUUACAUUCAGUAUUCAGUUUGAGCAUGAUAAUGACACUGUUUAUCUAGCUCAUUGUUACCCCUAUACUUAUACUGACUUGACAAGAUACCUUAAUCAUUUAGAAUCUGAUAAUAAAAGAAAGAAUAGAAUGAGAAGAAGAACUCUUUGCUAAACAAUUGCUGGUAAUAACUGUGAAAUGAUUAUUGUUACUACUUUCUAGAGUGAUCCUGAGGCUAUUAAGAAUAGAAAAGGAGUAGUUCUAUCAUCAAGAGUUCAUCCAGGUGAAAGUGGAGCUUCUUGGAUGAUGAAAGGUGUAAUAGAUUAUUUAACUGGUCCUUCAUUGAAUGCUAAAAUACUUAGAGAUAACUUUGUCUUCAAGAUAGUACCUAUGUUAAAUCCAGAUGGUGUAAUAAAUGGCAGUUCAAGAUGUAACUUAGCAGGUGUUGAUUUGAAUAGAUGCUGGAUUGAUCCUUCUAGAAAAAUUCAUCCAACAAUCUAUCAUACUAAGAUGAUGAUAAAGAAGCUUCAAGAGGAUAGAGAUAUAUUUUUAUUCUGCGAUUUUCAUGGACACUCGAGGAAAAAGAACAUUUUUAUGUAUGGAAAUUCUGGAAGAGUAAAUGAUAGACUGAAGGAGAAAAUAUUCCCAUGCUUGGUCGAUAAGAAUUGUGAUAUUUUCAACUUUUCAGAUUGUAAUUUUGCAGUUUAAAAAGCAAAGGAAUCCACGGCAAGAGUAGUAAUGUGGAAAGAAUUAGGUAUAACAAACAGUUUCACUCUAGAGGCUUCAUUUUGUGGAGCAGACUAGGGAAAAUUUGCUGAUUAUCAUUUUAACACUGACUUACUUCAAGAAGUAGGACAUAGAUUUUGUGACACCAUUCUUGAUUUUUGUGAUCCAGAUCAAGUUAAAGUUAAAGCUGUUCUCGAAGAACUUGAAAUAAUGCUUCCGAAAGCUUCUGAAAGCGAAUCAGAUGAGGAAAGUGAUGCUGACUCUGAACUUUCUGGGGAUGAUGGCCAAGAUAAAAAUAAAAAGAAAAAGCCUGCCACAAAUAAUAUAGUCGUUAAUACUGGACCAAAAACUCAAGCGAAUUAGGGAAUUAAGAAAAUUACAAAGCCAAAAGGAAAGGACUGA